CCCAAAGGCCCCCACAGACGAUGGCUGGUGUGCCUGUUCAUCUUCCUCCCCGGAAAAGAGAUUCUGGAGGGAGGAGCAAGGUGGGUCAAGACGGCGACAUUGGUGUGUCCGCUGAGUUUCAACUCGAAAUGGGUAGCGCGUCCGGCACAAGAUCGGCUACUCCAACAGUUUCAGACUGCUCCAACCGACAGCACAAGUGUGUGAAUGAUGCCACAAUGGUUUCCGAUGCCAGACCUAUUCAGGCAAGGUGCUCGGUAAAGGCCAUUCAUGACAUAAUUUCCACAUUUGAUGAUAGGAAAAGGAAACUAGUUGAGUCCAUAGGAUUCGGUGGGCUUCUGAAAUUUCCCCCAAUUAAGAGCAUCUCCAAGAGUCUUUCUAAAUUUUACUCUCUAAUUAUCAUUUGGAGAGUCAUUUGCAUAAAAAUCGCUUUCUAUAUUUUUUUUACUUUCCAACAGUUUUGCUAAAUCUCAUGCGCACUCUAGAGAGUCAUUCUCGUCUUCUAUAUUUGGCUAGCGAAAAACACGGAAUAGACAAUGGCUAUAUUUGGAUGACCAUUUAGAGAAGCUGUUGGAGGGUAGUUUUUCACCAAAAUUACUAUUCCUAGCAUUUAGGAAAAAUAUACAAAGUCUUUUGGAGAUGCUCUAAGUCUACAAACAGACGGUUCUCAGCAUGGUUGAUGGGGAUGGUAGAUAUAAGAAAGUCUUGUCUAACCUUGCUUGAUGGGAGCAGCUUGAAGUUUUCCAGUAAAGAUAUCGGCCUAAUCUUUGGAAUACCAGCUAGCGGUAAAAAAAUCAGUGAGGCUGGACAACUGGACAAGACGGAGAAAGAGAGAAUGAAGCUUCAAUGCUGGCCAUUAUCAGGUAAAGAUCAACAGAGUAUAAAGGCAGUUGAAGAGCUAGUCGGUACUAAGUACAGCAGUGACAUGACACCCGACCAAGAGGAUGCUUUCAGAGUUGCUUUUGUGGUAUUUGUAAUGUCGACCCUAUUUGUGCCAGGAGCAAAGCAUGAUUAUGUGCACGUCGACUACUGGGGCGCCCUGUCCAACCCCAAAAAAAUUCAUGAGUUCGACUGGGCUGCCUAUGUCCAUAAAAGGUUAAUUGCAUCAGCUGCGAAAUAUAAAGCCGACACUGAAACUGGAAGCAAGGCACCCAAUAUAACCGGCUGUUAUCUUUUCCUACAGAUGUUCUACUUAGACAACAUGGAUAUCAGCAAUUGGUCCAUGGAUCAUGUAGUGCGGCCACGCAUUUCAUGUUUCACCUACGAUAAAUUGCGCAACAUGAUCGCAGCAGACACCCACCAGAGACAUUCCAUGAAGUCAGCGUUUGUGUUCGGCAAAUCAAGCACAAAGUUUUCUUCUGGUUAUUAAUGAAGGACUGGUUAAGCACUAGUGAACUGCUUAGAAGGAAAAACAUGACACUCCGAGACUACAAUUGUGUCCUACGUAACGGAUCAGUUGAAGAAUCUCUCGCUCACCGUUUCUUAGAUUGCCCUUUCGCCUCUCAGUGUUGGGCAUGGAUUGACAUUCAAGUAGACUACAAUGUCGGUCCUUUCCAGAAUCUCCAGAACUUCAAAGAUCAAUUGUGAGUACCGUUUUUCAUGGAGAUAAUAAUCUUGAUGUGUGCUGGGUAAUCCAGCUUAAUCUAAGUUUUCAUACAGCCAAAAAACAUUUUAGGUCUGAGGACCAAAUAAGAAGAUCCUUACCAAGGUUUAAUCAAUGGAUUUUAAAUCUGAGCUAGCUA